UCAGACAACCAAAUGGGUUUGAUGGGUUCAGACUAGUGACUGGAUGAGUUCUGACUAGCACCUGGGUUGAGUUAGUUCGGACUAGUUACUGGGUUGAGUUCAGACUAUGGAUUGGGUUGGGUGAGUUCAGACAAGUUACUGUGUUGGGUGAGUUCAGUCUAGUGAUGAGGUUGGGUGAGUUCUGUCUAGUGAGUAGGUUGGGUGAGUUCAGUCUAGUGAGUAGGUUGGGUGAGUUCAGACUAGUGAGUGGGUUGGAUGGGUUAAGACAAGUUACUGUGUUGGGUGAGUUCAGUCUAGUGAGUAGGUUGGGUGAGUUCAGUCUAGUGAGUAGGUUGGGUGAGUUCAGUCUAGUGAGUAGGUUGGGUGAGUUCAGUCUAGUGAGUAGGUUGGGUGAGUUCAGACUAGUGAGUGGGUUGGGUGAGUUCAGUCUAGUGAGUAGGUUGGAUGGGUUAAGACAAGUUACUGUGUUGGGUGAGUUCAGUCUAGUGAGUAGGUUGGGUGAGUUCAGUCUAGUGAGUAGGUUGGGUGAGUUCAGACUAGUGAGUGGGUUGGAUGGGUUAAGACAAGUUACUGUGUUGGGUGAGUUCAGUCUAGUGAGUAGGUUGGGUGAGUUCAGUCUAGUGAGUAGGUUGGGUGAGUUCAGACUAGUGAGUGGGUUGGAUGGGUUAAGACAAGUUACUGUGUUGGGUGAGUUCAGUCUAGUGAGUAGGUUGGGUGAGUUCAGUCUAGUGAGUAGGUUGGGUGAGUUCAGACUAGUGAGUGGGUUGGAUGGGUUAAGACAAGUUACUGUGUUGGGUGAGUUCAGUCUAGUGAGUAGGUUGGGUGAGUUCAGUCUAGUGAGUAGGUUGGGUGAGUUCAGACUAGUGAGUAGGUUGGGUGAGUUCAGACUAGUGAGUGGGUUGGAUGGGUUAAGACAAGUUACUGUGUUGGGUGAGUUCAGUCUAGUGAGUAGGUUGGGUGAGUUCAGUCUAGUGAGUAGGUUGGGUGAGUUCAGUCUAGUGAGUAGGUUGGGUGAGUUCAGACUAGUGAGUGGGUUGGAUGGGUUAAGACAAGUUACUGUGUUGGGUGAGUUCAGACUAGUGAUUAGGUUGGGUGAGUUCAGUCUAGUGAGUAGGUUGGGUGAAUUCAGACUAGUGAGUGGGUUGGAUGGGUUAAGACAAGUUACUGUGUUGGGUGAGUUCAGACAAGUUACUGUGUUGGGUGAGUUCAGUCUAGUGAGUAGGUUUGGUGAGAUCAGUAUAGUGAGUGUGGUGAGAGGCUCAGACUAAGGAUUGGUAGAGGUGAGUUCAGACUAGUGACUCGGUUGGUUGUAAAUGCUUCUUUGUAAAGUAUUUCAGUUAUAUCACUGCUUUAUUUUGGAGAAAAGCUCACAGUGGCACAGGUCAUAGACCACAUGCGUAUGACCAAUAGAAGACAAAAUAUGAGAAUCUGGGAUUUGAACCCACAAGCAGCCAUUUACGGCACAUCUAUGGAGGGCAGCUACACAGUCCAUGGCUAAAGUAUGACGUGCACAGUGAUCACUAUCACUCGCUCCUUUCUAGUGUCAGACUAGUUACUUCUAAUAUGACGUAUCAGCUCCCCUAGGUAUGGGCCUUAUGACCUGCUUAUAGCAGAUAGCUAUGAGAUAAAUCACAAAGAACAAAGAUUAAACAGGCAUGGUUUGUUUCACAUAACAUUGUUCUAUCAUGACGCCAUUUCUCGAGAUUCGAACAUGUGCUUGCAACAUGAUU